AUGUCAAAACCAAUAACCCAUACCAGCUUCAAAUAUGUUCUCGAGUGUCCACAAUGCAAACAAAGCAGUUGCUAUGCUCAAGAAUCAUGGGAGAAUCCAUUGAAAAUCUUUUUGCGAGAACUGUCGGAGAAACAAACUGAAUUGAAAAGAACAUGUGAUGAUUGCAAGAAAAAGGCAUCUUUGUUUGAAAUGUUUCGAUGUAACGAUUGUGGGAAAGUAGUGUUCUGUGCUUUAUGUGGAAUGAAAAAGCAUCGACAGCAUAAAAUUGUCGAUUUGGAAGUUGUAGAGGUGAAGAAAUUGAUGAAUGCAACUUAUGAAGUGAUUACCCCGCAAAUUAAAGCUUAUGAUGUCUGUUUUCCCGAACUUCAAGCGGAUUUGGUUGGAAAAAUCCACAAUUUUCAAGCGAAAGCUCUUGAAAAAGCCGGCAAAAUUGAGGGGUUAAAUUAUGAUCCAGCAAAGUACGAAAAGGAGGCUUGUUUAGCUAUUGGUGAGGAAUUUGAGGGGAUUUGUGAGAAAUAUUUGGGCGAUUUGCGAUCAUGUGACACUGGGAUUGAGAAGCUGCUCAGCAAAUUCAAUGACCAACAGAUAAUUUCUUCAACAGGAAAAGAAAUUGCCUCUGGG